AUGAGUCCCGACGACGACAUCAUCACCUGCCACCUCACCGAGAUUCAAGACGCCAUCGCCGAAGAGAGACGAGCCGCAAGCGGCAACAGCUUCCGGUCCCUCUUCAAAAACGGCGAACAAAAGUUCUUUUACAGGACUAUGCUUGGCAUAGGCGGGCAAUUCAUGCAGCAGAUUUCGGGUAUAAACCUGAUUACGUAUUACGCGCCGGUGAUUUUUCAGCAAAGCGUGGGCCUGUCGCAUAAUCUGUCGUUGCUGCUAGCUGGCUUCAACGGCAUUGCGUACUGGCUGUCGUCCUUGGUGCCGAUUUGGCUGAUUGAUAGGCUGGGGAGGCGGAAGUUGAUGCUCUUCGCGGCAUUUGGUCAGGGUGCCUGCAUGGCUAUUUUGGCGGGGACGGUGUCGAAUGGCUCGGCGAGCGCGGGGAUCGUAGCUACUGUUAUGUUGUUUCUGUUUAAUUUCUUCUUUUCGGUUGGCUUGUUGGCGAUUCCGUGGCUGUUGCCCGCAGAGUAUGCGCCUUUGGCUAUUCGAUCUCGGGCGGCGGCCUUGGCUACGGCGUCGAAUUGGAUAUUCACCUUUUUAGUCGUGGAAAUUACCUCCGUUAGUAUCAAGAGCCUCGGCUACCAGACAUACGUAUACUUUUGCGUCUUCAACUUUGCCUUCCUCCUGAUGAUCUAUUUCUUCUAUCCUGAGACAAGAAAUCUCUCGCUGGAGCAGAUUGACAAGUUGUUUACCGGAGAUAAGAUUGAGCUGCACUGGAAGGCGAGCAUGGGCGAAGUCGGUGGUGAAAGUAUUGGGGCCAGGGUCACGGAGGAGAGUAGGAGGGGAAAUAGCCAUGUGGAAAUUGCACAUCGGAAGUGA